CACUUUCUCUAAGACUGUUGCGAAGAAAGAAAUCCUUAGGAGCUCAAGAACGGAAAAAAGAGUGAAAGCAGUUUCUCAGUUCCCAUCAGAUCUGUUCCUGUUCUCUUCAUUAUUGUCUUGUCUUCUCAGCUCGUUCUCUCACCCGCUCUCUCACUCGCAUUUAUUCGCUGCGUCGACUUGCUUAGCAUCCGCUGUGCCUAUCCAUUUUCAUAUAGGCUCCGGAAGCUGAUUGUCUUGGCUGCAUUGGAUGGACCGAUCGCCGGAAUGUUGAUUUUCUGGCCCGUUUGGCUGAUUUUUCUGUGAGAUACUGGAUUUCCCGGCGAAUUCUCCGGUGGACCUCCGCCGGAUAAGAUGUUCAGGUCGGCGAGAUGGAGGAGUGACAAGAACAAGAUCAAAGCUGUGUUCAAAUUGCAGUUCCAUGUAACUCAGGUUUCGCAGCUGAAUGCGGAUGCAUUGGUGAUAGCUGUGAUCCCUGGGGACGUCGGGAAGCCAACAGCACGGUUAGAGAAGUGUAUAAUCCGAGAGGGAACCUUUAGGUGGGAAUAUCCAGUCUAUGAAACCGUGAAAUUUACUCAAGACGCAAGAACAGGGAAGAUUAAUGAGAGAACGUACCAUUUCAUUGUCUCUGCUGGAUCAUCAAAAAAUAAUUUGGUUGGAGAAGUUUCAAUUGAUUUUGCUAAGUAUGCAGAGGCUACAAAUGCUUCCACUGUUUCUCUACCUCUACGGAAUUCAAAAUCUAAUGGGGUUUUGCAUGUUUCAAUUCAGAAGCUGCAGGGGAACAUUGAUCAAAGUGAUGUGGAGGAAACUGAAGAUACAAACGCCAAAAUCCGGAUUAGAACUCUGAACACCCUCUUAAGCAAUAGCGGAGUAGAAGGAGGCAUUAAGAGCAAUUCUAAUGAAGUAACUCUGAACACCCUCUUAAGCAAUAGCGAAGUAGAAGGAGGCAUUAAGAGCAAUUCUAAUGAAGUAACUCUGAACACCUUCUUAAGCAAUAGCAAAGUUGAAGAAGGCAUUAAGAGCAAUUCUAAUGAAGUUGGACCGCGUAACAGUGCCAUCCACAACUCUGAAGUAAAUGAUGACCGUGGAACAUCAAGUGGAUCUGACAUUACAAUGUCAAGUUCUGAGAGCAGCUCUGGUCAUAACACCCCACGUGAACUUGGAUCAAGAAAUAAUAACAUUCUACAGGACUCAACUAGCUUCCUAUCAUCUCGGAGCCAUGCCUCAGCUGCUCAUAAACCAAGCGCAAAUGCCUCAGCAACAAUCUAUGAAGAGCAUCAGCAAUCACAAUGGGAGUGGUCAGCAGAUUCUGAUCAUGGAAUAAGUACUGACGACUCAUUAAACAGUUCUCUAGACAACCUUACCAGAGGAAGGUCUCAACAUGUUUCUGAUCUUGAGAUUGAAAAGUUCAAGUCUGAAAUUGUUGCUUUGUCUAGACAAGUAGAUUUGUCAGAGUUGGAAUUGCAGACUCUUCGAAAACAAAUAGUAAAAGAGAGCAAAAGGGGGCAGGACCUCUCAAGAGAAGUCACAAGCUUGAAACAGGAGAGAGAUGUUCUCAAGGCAGAAUGUGAGAAACUCAAAGCCUUUCAGAAACGUAUAGAACAGGUAAAUACCAAAAACAAGUCACAGUUUGAGGGUGGAGAUGCACAGGUCCUUCUUGAAGAAGUUAGACAAGAGCUGAAUUAUGAGAAGGACCUGAACGCCAACCUUCGGUUACAACUGCAGAAGACCCAAGAAUCAAAUGCUGAGUUGAUACUUGCUGUGAAAGACCUUGAAGAAAUGUUAGAACAGAAAAGUAGGGAAUCACCUUAUCCUCCAAAAUCAAGAUCCUCUGAGAAUGCCAUGUCAAAAAGUGAGAGUGAUGAUGAUGAUGAAGAGCAAAAGGCAUUGGAAGAGCUUGUAAAGGAGCACAGAGAUGCUAAAGAAGCAUACCUGCUGGAGCAAAGGAUCAUGGAUCUCAGCAGUGAAAUAGAGAUUUAUAGGAGAGAUAAAGAUGAACUAGAGAUGCAAAUGGAGCAACUUGCGCUUGACUAUGAGAUAAUGAAGCAGGAGAACCAUGAUAUGUCAUAUAAAUUAGAGCAAAGUCGGCUGCAAGACCAACUGAAGUUGCAGUAUGAAUGCUCUUCUUUUGCCAAUAUAAAUGAACUAGAAACCCAGAUUGAGAGCUUGGAAAAUGAACUCAAGAAUCAGUCCAAAGAAUUAUCUGAAACCUUGGUGACUAUAAAUGAACUUCGAACCUAUAUCAAGAGUUUGGAGGACGAACUGGAGAAGAAAACUGAAGGAUUUGAAGCUGAUAUCGAAGCUCUAACUUGUGCAAAAGUUGAGCAGGAGCAAAGAGCCAUCAGAGCAGAGGACGCCUUACUAAAGACAAGAUGGAAGAAUGCUAAUACAGCCGAGAAGCUACAUGAGGAAUUUAAAAAACUUUCCAUGCAAAUGACCUCUACAUUUGAUGCAAAUGAGAAGGUGGCUUUGAAAGCGCUGACAGAAGCUAAUGAACUACAAAUGCAGAAAAGUCAACUUGAAGAAAUGCUUCAGAAAGCUAAUGAAGGUCUCCAAUCAGCUAGGAUUGGUUAUGAGGCAAAACUGCUCGACCUUUCCAACCAAUUAAAUUUGAAAGUGGAUCAGAUAGAACAUAUGUUAGUGGAAAUUGAUGAUAAGAGAAAGCAGCUGGAACAUCAAAAAGAACGUGAGGAAGAACUUGUUGGAUCUUUCUCUCAAGAAAUCGCAAGGCUAAAAGGUGAGCUUGAAAAGUUGACAAUAGAAAGCAAUAUCCUUUCAGAACAAGCAGAACAGAAAGAAGAUAUGAGAGCUGAAUUGGAACGGUUGAAGGUGUCAAUUAAGCACACUGAAAAGCUGGUAGAAAUAGGAACUAUAGAAAGAGAUGAAUUGGUGAGUAAACUUGCUUUGAUGAAGAUGGAAGGAGAGAAGUUAAUGGAGGAGUUAGAUAGAAUGAAAUCUCUGAAGGAUGAGAAGGAGACAGCAUUGCAUCUCCAUCAUUCAGAGGUAGAAACUCUGAAAGCUCAGUCUAAUGACUUGAAACAUUCUCUCUUUGAGGAUGAGCUGGAGAAAGAAAAACUUAGAACGCAAGUAUUCCAGUUAAAGGGUGAUCUCAAAAGGAAGGAUGAUACCAUCACCUGUAUUGAGAAGAAGCUCAAGGAAAACAACAAACUUGCUGCAGUUUCUGAUGGCACAAAAACUACUCUAAGAGACAAUAAGUCUGCUACAGUUCCUCAUGGCUUUAAAGAGGCUGCAAAUCUGAGGGACAAAAUAAGAUUGCUUGAGGGACAGGUAAGGCUAAAGGAAACUGCUUUGGAAAUUUCGGCAAAUGCAUUUUUGGAAAAGGAGAGGGAUCUUCUAAACAAAAUUGAAGAGCUAGAGCACAGAGUAGAAGAACUCAAUCAAAACAGUGCAAUUUUCUUUGACAACCAACACCAAAAGUUACAUGAGGACAACACUGGCGUUACUUUGAAUGGUGGGGCAUCUGAAGAUUUAAGUACAGACGAGACCCUGAGCAGCACAGCAUGGCUUCCCAGAGAGAAUGGAAAUGCAAAAUCAUUAGUCAAGAGCAAUUGCGAAAUUGUAUCAGAGAAAGAACUGAAAACUUGUGUCAUCAGCAAUGGAGAAUCCAAUACUAACGAGUUAAUAAAUGAAUUAGAAGAAGUAAAGGAGAGAAACAAAUCAAUGGAAAAUGAACUGAAAGAGAUGCAAGAGAGAUAUUCAGAAAUAAGUCUAAAAUUUGCAGAAGUAGAAGGUGAAAGGCAACAGCUAGUGAUCACAGUACGAAGCCUGAAGAAUGCGAAGAAGAGCUAAUAAUUUUUCUUGAUAAUUGAUAUACAGAAAACUACAUAGUUUGUAUAGCUAAGUGGCAACAUGUUCUCACAAAAGGAAAAUUCUAUAUGUGACAGUUCUAUCUGAUUCUGAGAGAAUAAUCAAUUUGUACAAAAUUAAUAGCAACCUGAAUGUAGGUAAGGUUUCUUCAAUUCAUGCUAUUUCUGUAAUUCUUUUAAAGCUUGUCAUAUAUGUGAUGAUGUUUCAUUAGUA